AUGCGGAAACGCAACCGACCGCCUUCAAAGGAGAUUCAGAAAGAUGUUGUUCCACCCUCAAAUUCUGAUUAUUCCUUUAAAACCUGGCACCAUGGGAUGCUCAUCCUUCUCACCCUUCUUAUCUACAGUAACAGCCUUUCCUGUGGAUUCGUUUUUGACGACGCUUCUGCGGUUGUUGAUAAUCAAGAUCUCCGUUCUCACAUUCAGCCCUGGUGGAUCCUCUUCUCCAACGAUUUCUGGGGCACUCCAAUGGCUCACGAAUCGAGUCACAAGUCUUACCGCCCCCUUACGGUUUUGACGUAUCGCUGGAACUUCGCUCUGGCGGGUCUUGAAGCUUGGACAUACCAUUUGGUUAACAUGCUUCUGCACACCUUCGUUGUCCACCUCUUUUAUCGAUUUUCGCAAUGCUUCCUUGACAAUUCGGGCAGUAUGGCAGCUGCGCUUCUUUUUGCACUUCAUCCAGUCCAUGUGGAAGCUGUUACGGGUGUGGUUGGAAGGGCAGAAUUACUUUCGGCAGUGUUUUUAUUCUCUUCUUUGCUGACCUACCUCAACCUCGUUGGUGUGGAGGAGGUGACUGUCUUUUCUGAAAUGUGCCACUUGUUGACGGUCUCCCUUCUCGUCAUUCUUGGGACUCUUUGCAAAGAGCAGUGCAUCACAGUUGUGGGUGUUUGCCUUGCCUACGACUUUGUCUUCCACUUCAUUGUAAGUCCAGCGUCUCACUCCCUUUCCAAAUCAACCAGAAGGAUGGCGUGGAAGGCUUGGAUGCGGCUGGGACUUAGGUUUCUCAUUCUCUCACUCACCUCUGGUUUGUUUCUCCUGGCUCGGGUGCAACUUAUGGGCUCACAAUUACCGCACUUUACUGCAUUUGACAAUCCAGCAGCGCACGCACCGCCUCUGACACGUCGUCUGACCCAUCUGCAUUUGGUGUACGUCAAUCUCGCCCUCCUCUUCUAUCCCUCUGGUCUCUGUGCUGACUGGACAAUGGGCACCAUCGCCCUCAUCACAACUGUCACGGACCCUCGCAACAUUGCCACUUUCGCUGCCUUUGCUGGCCUCGUUGCAGUGGCUCUUCGCUCUGCUUCACCGUGGACAUCACCGCGUCAAGCGCGCGCACUUUCAAUGGGACUGGCUCUGCUGGCACUGCCUUACCUGCCUGCAUCUAACCUCUUCUUCUAUGUGGGGUUUGUGGUGGCGGAACGUGUGCUGUAUGUACCCAGUGCGGGAUUCUGUCUCAUCAUGGGGCUGGGAUUUCAGUAUUUUCUUCAGAAAUGCCGUCAACAUCGACAUAUUGGCCUGUUUCAUUCGAGAGCUAUUGCUUACCUUCUGCUGGCUAUGGUCUGUUCUGGAUUUUCGCUGAAAACGUUCUAUCGCAACUACGAUUGGAGGGACGAGUACUCCUUGUUCACCUCAGCCCUGAAGGUGAAUCAGCGUAACGCCAAGCUCUGGAACAACGUAGGCCAUGCGCUUGAGGCGCGAUUGCAAUUCGACGAGGCUCUGCUUUACUUCCAACAGGCUGUUCGAGUUCAACCAGAUGAUAUGGGAGCUCGAAUCAACGUUGGUCGCACGCUCGUUCAACUCGGACGCCUGGAAGAAGCUGAAGGUGUCUAUUACCAGGCCAUGGAAUUCUUCCCCAAGCCUAAAAAGGGUUUGUUUAACGCAUUAAAUGUGCCAUUUAUACGAUUUCGCCUCUCGGAGCUGAAAUUUAUCUUUAAGUACACAUCUGCUGGUAUUUUAUUUUCCGUUUGUGAUAGUUUGCUAAAAUCGCCAAAUUGUUGUCCAUUGUGUCUUGCCAUCUUUUCCUGCGUGUACCACACACGCGUCUCUCCAAAGGAUCUAACCAUCUUUACCAACUUGGCCAAUCUGCUGUCCAAAAAUGACAGCCGACUGGACGAGGCUGAUGUCCUUCUGAGGAGGGCCAUCUCACUGCGCGAGGACAAUGUGGACGCCUACCAGAAUCGUGGCAGCAUUCUUGUGCGGCAGCGGAGAUUUGUGGAGGCCGAAGACAUGUACAGGAAGGCGUUGAGGUACAAGUAUACCAGUCCGGCUUUGCACUACAACCUUGGUGUCGUCCUUUUGGAAACAAAUCGAAGUGACGAGGCCUACGCCAGUUUCAACCAAGCUCUUCAAUUUGACCCCCAUCAUGAGCAAACGUUGUUCGCUCUCGCUUCUGCCUACUCCGAAACCGCCGAUCCCGUGUUGCACAAAAAGGCAAUGGCUUUUUUCGAAGACCUGGCGGGGCGCAACUACGAACCAAUUCGUGUCAAUUUUGCACUGGCCAUUCUGUACACCGAUGCUGGUGAAUUCGCCAAAGCCGCCCACCACUACCGAGCUGUUUUGGAGGUGGAUCCAUCGCACAGGAGUUCCCUCUUCAACUUGGCGCUGAUGUAUCACAACGAGUUAAACGAUUCGAUGGCUGCUGUGCCGCUGUUGUACCGGUUGAUUGAGUAUCAUCCACACCACUUCAAGUCCUACAUGCUUCUCGGUGACAUCGAGCUCUCCGUGCUCAAGAACGCUACCGCGGCAAUCGAGGUCUUCGAAAAGGCAAUUACCCUAUCACCGGACAGUGUACAGGCUCGUCACAACCACUGUGUCGCUGUGGUGGAGGGUACGGGUGACCUGGAGGUGGGAGAACGGUGUCUCCGUGAGGUCGCAGCACUUGCCAAUCCCGCUGAUCCCACUGACGCAUUUGUUUUUCGCCACCUGGCCCUGCUGCAGGCUAAGCGACGAGGGCAGACCUGA